AAACCAAUUUAAAUACCAAAUACGACAAAAAGUGCUUGUGAAGAUUUGGAAUUGCAAUUUUCCAGAGUAUUGUGAUAUAAUAAAUCAAUAUAUUAUAAAUAAACAUUGACAAAAACUGUUCACUGCUUACGAAAGGGCCUUGUGGUGACAAGGCUGAGCGUUAUUGCAUUUUUUGCCUUAAAGAUUAAUAAAAGCGGCUUCUCAAAGACUGAUAAAAUUAUCGUACAUAAAUAUUACAAGGAUUAGGAAGAUUACAAGCGUUUUAUCUAUCGUAUGUCACAGACUGAUAAAUUAAUCUAAGCUACAAGUGUUUAGAAACAUGACCGCGAAUGAUAUAGUUAGAAAUCCGAGUGAAGAGCCUAAAGUGAUGAAUGUGAUGAUACCAGGAAGUGUAAUGGAUAGCCCGAAUGUAACUGGGACUGGAGAAAAAGUGCCAUUAAAAGUGUAUAAGUACAGAUGGAUAAUUUUAUUACUUUUUGUGAUGUUCUCAGCAUCGAAUGCGAUGCAGUGGACACAGUAUACGAUUAUAAGUGACGUAGUUUCGGAUUAUUAUGGUGUUCCAUCGACAUUGGUAUCAUGGACGUCCAUUAUAUAUAUGGUGACAUACGUGCCUUUGAUUUUUCCGGCUAGCUGGCUGUUGGAUAAAACGGGUCUCCGCGUGACAACCAUCAUCGGUUCCUUCGGGACAUGUCUGGGCGCAUGGUUGAAGGUGUUCUCCGUGCCUCAGGACAUGUUCUGGCUGGGCUUCACGGGACAGACCAUUGUGGCUAUCUCCCAGGUGUUCAUCCUGAACGUGCCCCCUCGGCUGGCUGCGGUGUGGUUCGGGGCUGAUCAGGUGUCAUUGGCGUGCAGUAUUGGAGUUUUCGGAAAUCAGCUCGGCGUGGCCCUCGGCUUCGUGCUUCCCCCAAUGUUCGUGAAAGCCGGUGGCACCAUCGAACAAAUCGCGGCCGACUUUCAGUUCAUGUUCUACCUGGUCGCCGGGGUUACCAGUGUGCUCUUCGUUUUCAUCUUGUUGUUCUUCAAACGAGCCCCAGCAACGCCCCCCUCCGCCGCCGCCGACCUCGGUGCCAGUCUCGACUCUGACUUCUUGCACUCCGUCAAGAAACUCUUCACCAACCGCAACUAUAACCUGCUGCUCAUCUCUUAUGGACUCAAUGUUGGCGUGUUCUACGCUAUAUCGACGCUGCUCAAUGAAGUUGUGCUGAAGUUCUUCCCCGGUGCCAACGAAGACGUCGGCCGCAUCGGCCUCAUGAUCGUCGUCGCCGGCAUGCUCGGGUCCGUCAUCUGCGGCUUCAUUCUCGACAAGACGCACAAGUUCAAGGAGACGACCCUCGCGCUGUACGCGGCUUCGGUGGUCGGCAUGGUCAUAUUCACGUUCACGCUCGACUGCGGGGAGAUCGCUGUCGUGUACUUUAGUGCCAUUGUACUUGGAUUCUUCAUGAACGGGUAUUUACCGGUCGGGUUCGAGUUCGCCUCCGAAAUCACGUAUCCUGAGCCUGAAGGGACCACGUCUGGAAUUCUCAACGCUGCUGUUCAGCUGUUCGGUAUCGUCCUGACCCUCCUCUACGAAUGGAUGCUAAAAGUCACCGACACACGCUGGUCCAACCUCACCCUCUGCGGACUGCUGGCCUUAGGCACGGCCAUCACAGCUGCCAUCAGCUCGGAUCUGAGACGGCAGGCCGCUGAACAGAAGAAGUAAACCUUAUGUGUAUGAUAAUAGGGUUCUAUUUUAAAUAAGUUUCCGACACUUUCAACCUCACUAUUUGCGGAUUCGGCACGGCUAUCACAGCAGACUGUGUGUGAUGCUCCGACACCUUAAAACGGUUUGUUUCAUGCGAUCAAAUUCCAUUUAUUGGCAAUUGGUCUCGUAACUAUGGAAAACAGGUCUACAAAUAAGUUGAUUCACCCAUAACCCUUUCACUGGGCACUUUCUGUUAUCUUGCUUAUGAUAAGAUUCUGAGCGUAUGUAUUUAAGCUAAGGUUGUGGUGGAAAAAAAGUUUAUUUUGUAACGAAUGGUUUUGUGGUAAAUUAUAGUUUGUUGGUUCCGAUCUGCAUGAAAAUGUAUACUUUUGACAGGGUUAGUUUUAAGAAAACGAAGUGGUUAAGAGAGAGCCAACACUAGUAUUUUUAGCGUCAACAUCUGACUAGACGCCUAGUCGUCAGUGUAUUAAAAAGGCUGACUAGCAGCGCCAUGGAAAAUUGCGUCGCUGCGCAAAGUUGCGCCGAGUAACUGGCAUAUGGCGCCUCUUCACGAUGGGCCAGCGACGGCCACUCCAAGGGACGCAGCCAUGCGGCAGAAUGAGAUAGCAAUAUCACUUGCUCCCUCUAACGCAUAAAUGCGUCCCUUGGAGUACCCGGCGCUGGCCCAUCGUGUAGAGGAGCCAAUAGAGUUGACUAGAUGCUAGACGCCGACGCUAGGGAGACGCGAGUGGGGUCUUUCUAAAUAUUUGUAUGUUUGAUAACUUAUUUAUUUUAUUUAGAAAGAUAAUUAAACAGUAUUCAUAAUAUAAACUGAUUCAGUUUAUUUUAAAAAUGUAAACGAAUGUGUAACUGUGGAGUAGGAAUGUUUGGGCCUAUCGCGAAGUUCACAAAACGAACCUUUAAAUUUUAGAUUGGCUCCGGAAGUUUCAUGAUUUUAUUCCAAGUGUUUUAUCUUUGAAUAGGUAUUUGCACUUGUUGAAUUACACAAAUUAACAAAAAUACAUAUAUGUAGGUAUUAACCUAUAAAGCAAAGCUAGGUAUGCAUUUAUACAAAUUCAAGUAUUUAAAAUUAGCAUUAUAAUUAUAAAAGAUAGCCUUUUAUUAUAUCUAUACAUUAAAUCAGCUAAAUUUUAUAAUAAUAUGCAUUUAAGUAACGUUUUUGUUCAUGAAAAUAUACAAAAAAUGUACAUUCUAAUAUAUUCUUUAAAAAUCUGAGUAGGUACAUUUUGGUAGUUUAGGGUAAUUUCAAAUGAUGGGUUAAUCCGUAAAUAUAACUACUUAAAAAUGUUAACUUACAUUGGGAAUUUUUUCAAGAAUUUCAUGAUAAUGAAAUGAAAUGAAUAAUAAUAAUAUUUAUAAUUGUGAUCAAUAUUUGAAAUUCCAUCACGUUUUUAGUUGAAAUUACGUUUUUUUUACAUUACCAAGAUACCUACUUACAGUUGUAUCCAGACGAGUCAAUUUUUCGCCAAUCUGAUGAAAUUCUCCGAUCGAACAGGGCCGUGCGGACGCAAAUACCAAUUUGAUUCCCCGAUCACAUCAGCAGGUGCGAACACAAAAAUGCCAAUUUUCAUAGUAGAAUGCAAAUUGGUGAUUUAAUUUGUGUACGUGUGGACGCUAGAUGAGAUUGACCAAUUAUUUUCCUGAACAAAUCGACUGAUUUCGUCAGUCCCGUCUGGAUAUCCCUUACUUUAUAGAAUUUGUGCAUUAUAUACUAUGUAUUCAUAGACUAGUAAAAUCGAUACGUCGUAAUCGUGACAAUAAAAGGUGUGACCGCGACCAAGGGAAGUAUUUUGCUGAACGUUUUUAAAAUUAAAUGUAUCGUGGGUAGCUCAUAAAGUUUCUCGAUGUCUGUAUUUAAAAAUAAUAUUUUACUAUAGUAUUCACAUGUAUUUAAGAUUAAAUACCUACUAUAAGGCCUGACAAUGGAGAAGAUAGGAUAUUGCGUGGCAACCGCCGAAGUACGGUACCGAAAGAAGUGAUUUAUUUUAUAAAUAGUGAUUAAAAUAAUAAUAUGUAUAUUCUUUUUUUAAUUAUAGUUGUAAAAAGGUAUUAAUUGACAGCUCACGAAAAAAAUAUUACGGGGACCGUAGAGACCGGGAUGACCUAACCCAAUGUACCUAAAUAAUGUUUUAAAUCUUAUUGUUUAAAUAAUAUGUAAUAUCCAUGCGUUAAGCAUUAUUGCCAUUAUAGAUUUUGUUGUUUUAAAAGACAAUUAAAAUCAAUGUGAUUUGUCGCCAAAUACAAUUUUAAUGAAAACAAGAAAUGACAAAAAACCUUAGGGUGUUACCAAAUCAAUCGAUCGAUGGCCUCGAUCGACGGUAGACUGUUCAAUGUUUGUCGACUUCGAACGAUUGGUGUGGUAACACCCUUAGAAUGUCUACAAGGGUUUACGUAAUAGGUUGAAUUGGGUAGCUCAAUAAGUUAGAUUAGCUAUGCCAAAUUAAACGCUUUUCCAAGGCCAUUUAUAAAUGCGGCUGUGACAAUUAAGUAACGUGUAUCAUUGUCCCAAUAGAUCCAGGGAGGGAAUCAAGAAAUAUUUUAUUAAACUACUGUCAGUUUAAUCUUCCUUAUAGGUAGUAUACCUAACUGAAUAUCAGUGUAGUGGGGACUUGUAGCACAAACACAGGCAUACAUUCGAAAAUGAUUGAUUAAAAAUGGUUCCCAUUUAUGAUGUAGAAAUGUCGAUACGGAUAGGAGUUGGCUGUGACUGGCCUUCGCAUUGGGGUUACACACGUCACUAUCGUCACAUUUGUACUACGAGUUCAAACAUUUGCCACUAAACGUGAAGUGAUAUGAAUGAACUCGCAAUAACAAUUUCUAAACAGACCUCGAUGGAAGGGCAGACAUAAUUAUAUUGAUCUUACUAAAAAGUUACCAUUAUCUAUGUCUAUUUUAUUUUAAGGUCCUGUAUCUACUUAUAAUAUAUCGGCCUAAAAGGCCUAAUAAUAUUAGAGAGUAGUGGCCUAUCACAGGCUGUUUCCGAUAUAUUGUGAUUCUGGUGUUAGAUUAGUUAUGUAUAUUUUUAGCGUAGUAAGAGAGAAAAAAUAUGGUUUUGAAGCGGUGUAUUAAAAGCGGAAAAGACAUUAAGCCUCAUUUAAUAUUAACAAUAGCCAUUGUUUCAUUGUUCUUAUAAUCAAGUCAUAAAGAUAAGAAUUUUACCUAUUUAGAUAGGUAUUAACAACAGAUCAUAAACAUUUUUUUUGUUUAAAUUCUAUAUACUAAAAUGAAGAUUCGAUUAACCAAUUUACUACCCAAUUAUCUCAGUGUUUACUAAAAAAAAUUGGGCACCUAUUAAAACAUAUGGUUCGUUCUCUGUUUAUAGUAGGCCCUUUUCGCUAAAUAGCGGAAAAAAUAUGAUUUGAAAAAUACGAACGUAGUUCGUAAGUAGCUCGCGCUGGUAGUGAAUGUGUUAGGUAAUUAUGGUUUUUACUAAAACCUGCAGGGAAAUGUACCUAGGUAGGUAUAUUAUUAUUAUUUUUAAGUUAUUUUUUUAUAUCUUAUUAUGAUAGUGAAACUUUUUUAAUUUGUAAUUACGAUUAUUAUUUUUAAAUAUGGAAAGGUAAUAAUUAUUUUGUUUCAAUUUAAAGUAUUUGGUUCCUAAUUAUGUAUUAUUAUGAGCUUAGAGUUUACAGAAAGCACCCUUCCUAGAAAAUACUGUACCUACAUUCCAAAGGUAACAGUCACCACACGGGAUUGUUAUGCCGUUUAGGGUUCUUGCUAAAUUGGCAAUUCUAUAGCGUAGGUAUUGAGCAACCAAUUUAGCUAGGACCCUACAUGGUGAUCGCGGAGCGUGACGGACUGAUGGUACAGUCUACGUCAAAGAUAUGUUUAAAUUUUUCGCCUUAUUAUAGUUAUUACAGAGGCAUAAGGUCCAAAACUGUAUCUAAACAUAAUAUGUAAUAUCUUUGUCGUCGACUGUAUAAUCAUUAUUUUAUGUACCUGUUUAAAGUAAUUUAUCUAAGUAUAUAUUUAUUGUAUCAACUAUUUUGAAGAAUGUAUUAGAAAACUAGUUCCAGUUAAUGCCUUCAUUAAAACAUUCAGUAAAUAUACACUUUGUACCUACACUAUGGUACAGAAAAACAAAAAAAAUGGUGGAGUUAUUCGAUUUUAAAUGUGAAAUAAGACAAUAAAUAUGAAAACCAUUUAUUGUAAUAAUGUUUACGAUUUUAUGAAAAAUAAAGUAGAUUAGUCAAUAUUUUUAAUAAUAAAAAAAUACGAUAGAUAAUAAUUAUAUAAAACUAUAUUUAUAAUUUCUAAGGAAGGGCUUAAAUUUCAACAUUAUCCUGCUUCCGAAGUUACCCUAAUGCACUUAGUCAUGGUAUUCAUGCCAUUUUUUUAAAUUUUAUGAUAAGUUUUGAAAUUAUAUUUUAUUUGGAAAUCACUCGUAUUAUAAUGAUGGCCUACUUUUGUCUCUAUCUUGAAAAAAUAUGGUUGUUUUACCAUGGAGAUUUGUCCACAACGUGACACUUUUUCGUGCAUGCUACCGAUGUUCAUUGAUUUAUAAUGGCUCCUCUACAUGAUGGGCCAGCGUCGGCCACUCCAACGGACGCAUUUAUGCAAGUGAUAUUUCUAUCUCGCUCCACCGCAUGGCUGCGUCCCUUGGAGUGGCCGGCGCUGGCCCAUCAUGUAGAGAUUGUAGAGGAGCCAUAAGACGUUAUCACGUCAAAAAAAUGUGUAUGGUAUUCCACAUGCUUAAUUUCUUUGUCCAAUGUCAUAGCGUCUCACUCUCUCAUUAAGCAAAAUGUCAGACGCAAUACACAGUAUAAGGACAAAUGGAAUAUCUACUGCGUGUGAACGAAUAUGAUAAGACUUUUUUUUAUUUUCAUGUGGAAUAAUUAGACUUAGGUAUCUACUUAAGCCUUAUUACGUAGUUCUAAUAAUAUUUAUAAAAAAUUUACAAACUUACUACUUAGCCAGUAACCAUCUAAAAUCGCAUGGUAUUUGUUCCAACGUCUGUAGAAGCCUUAAGGGGAAAAAAAUGACGCAAUAUAAAGCCUAUUUUUUUAUUCGGUAGACUAAAAUGACAUUUCAUACUAUGAAUACCUAUAUACUUACUUUACUCUUUGUAUGAAAUUACAUUUUAUGUUCAUUUUAGAAAAUGUCAUUUUAGUCUACGGAAUAAAAAAUAGGCUUUAUUUAUUUAUUAAUUAUUAGGUACAAUACCCAAAUAAGUACCUACCUACUACGUAAUAAGGCCCAAAAAAAGAUAAUGAUAAAAUUGUAUGUAAGUAUGUCAAUGUUACCCAGUACUAGAUUCCUCAUCAUGUAUUUUACCUAGACCAUCCUAGACCUAGAUUCAUAGAUGUCGUAAUAUUUUAGUCACUAAGUGUGUUAUUGUUUUAAUAAAAUUUGUUGAUAGAC